AUGUUGCAGGUUCGAAUCCUGCUGGUAGCUAAACAUUUGCUAAACUCAUUCCAUUUAAAUGAGGUAAAUAAAAAAUACCUAAGUCCGUUCAAAAAUCCCCAUUUUAAAUGCAAUAUACCUAAUUUAAUUUUUCUACAAUAUACAUAUAGGUAUAUUUGGAGAGCAGAUAAAUGCUUAAACAGUACAGCAACAUUCACAGUUGGUUGUAAAUGGAAAGGGAAAGAUGCCAUUGAACGUUUCAAUAUUUUAAUGAAACAAAAAUUUCCGAAUGACAAAGCAUUAUUUGAAAAAUUGGCAAAUGGGCAUUUACAAUAAAU